CACAGAGGGAGGCGAGUUAAAUGUCACAUCAAUUCGACUCCAUCUCAAAACUGGAUUACUCAUUGUUCGACCUUUCGACCUUACAUUCUUGAGAUUGGCGAAACUUACGAGCUAGAAUUAUGCCAUUUUGUCAUCUUAUGAAGCCUCUUUAAUUAUGGCCGACCCUCUAUCUAUAAUCGCUAGCGUCACAGGCGUUGUCACCUUUGCGGCAUCUACAGCAAGAUCGCUCAUUUCGCUCAUUCAAGAGGUCGCCGAUGCCCCAGAAGAGAUAUCGCAUAUCCGUCGCGAUGUACAGAAUCUAUCCGUAGUACUUGGGUCCAUCCAAGAUAUAUGGGCGAGAUAUGAUCUGAAAUCAGAAGAUCUUGCGCUGGUGGCCAGUUUGACGGAAUACCUCAGCUUAUGUCAGGACAGUAUGCAAUCCAUCCGAGUGCUUCUGCUGCCUUUGGCUGCAAAGGGGAGUGGCAGGAGGAGUCCGUUGAGGAUGGUUGGGUGGGUCAUGAAGAAGGGUGAAAUAAAAGCAUUGAGGGAGAGGUUACAAGAGGGCAAAGCAAGUUUGAAUAUCACCAUUUUAACACUGAACGGUGUUCUUGAGGGGAAAGGCCAGGAUGAGAUCAAAAGCGACGUGAACAAGGUUUAUGUAAAACUUGUCGCUGAGUUACGAAAUCGGGAUAGCGGGAGAAGAGUUCGAAAAAGGAUGGAGGAUGAUGUUGCCAGUGUAUCAGCAUUCGGAGGACGACGUCAAUCUAUAUCUGGGUCGACAGAUGUCGGAUUUGCGUUGAACAGAUACUUCGAUCAAUUGCCAGAGUCUUCAACGCCUGAGUCACCACAAACGUCACAAGUCAAUCCUCGCAUAUCCGGCGAGACAUUACUCGGUCCGUUCUCUAAUGAGCCGACUACUCUACUAGAAGCAGUCAGGGUCAGAAACAAGGAUUGUGUCUUACGUCUCAUCUCAACCGGUCGCUCUAUGGUCGAGAGAACACAGGAUGGCCAGACUGCAUUACAUUUCUGCGCAAUAUAUAAUGACUCGGAAAUCGCGAGUCUUCUACUCGAUAAUGGCGCUGAUAUCAAUGCACGGGAUAAUCAGCUACGUUCACCACUCAACGUUGCUUUCUCGUCCGAAGCUAUGGAUGUAGCUAACCUUUUACUACAAAGGGGUUGCUCACUUACUGGGACCAUUGAUAUGAUUUUCCCUCUGAUUCAAAGGACAGAUGAAGUACCUGGCUUGGGUACACUACUCAAAACUCUAGCACCGAAAUUCAACAGGUCGGUCAAAGGCCCGUAUCUUGUUCACCAAGCCAUCGAAUCGAACGAUACACAAAGUCUGGGUCUUCUACUUCUAGCUGGAUUUGACCCGAAUGUACGGAACAAAUAUGGACUCCCUCCUCUAUAUCAAGCUAUAAUUUACCAACAAAAAGAAGCUGUUCGGCUGCUCCUGAAUCAUGGUGCUAAACAGGAUGACUAUGUCCCACCAGAAGCACGAGAUAAAUUUGACGAGAAUAUCCGCUUCUAUAAACGAUUAGUGGCUCUACUAGAUACUGGAGGUACACCCUUAGUGGUCGCUGCGAGGGUGGUAAGAGAUGCCGAAAUAACACGAAUUCUACUCGAAGGCGGAGCAGAUCCUAAUUUCAUUUUCCCGUCUAAUAACGGUGUCAUGCUCGGCGGUUUAGGCGAUGAAGAAUAUCUCCAGUGUGCCAAGGCCAUAAUCGAGCACGGUGCCGAUCCCCACGGAGGUCAUGGAGUAUUAGAUCCUUUCUAUUGGGCGAAUGCAUGCACAAAUUUAGAACUGAUCGAGUUCAUGCUUGCUCACGGAGCAGAUGUAAACCACAGAUAUCGCAAAGAGUCGCCAACAGUGCUCUUUUUCAACACCAGAUGGGAGCAGGAAGACAUUGUCGAGUCUCUACUUAGACAUGGGGCCGAUAUUAACGUGAAGAACAACUCUGGAGAGACAGUAUUAGAUAUCGCUCGAUCUCAGGAAAACCUUAGACUCAUUACGAUGCUAGAGGAAGUUAAGGCUAGAGGAAAUGACCAAUGAUAGAAUAUACGUGGCGCAGGAUUAUACCCCGAUGAUUAGAGUCAUAUACCUAGAUACCUACCUAGAAUCUAGAUGUACUUAGGUAUAAAUCACAGAAGUUUGCAGGUCCGCAGGUUCAACGAGCACG